AUGGGUGACUGGAGCUUUCUGGGUAAUAUUUUAGAGGAAGUUAACGAGCACUCUACGGUGAUCGGCCGGGUGUGGCUCACGGUGCUCUUCAUCUUCCGUAUCCUCAUCCUGGGCACGGCGGCGGAGUUUGUGUGGGGCGAUGAGCAGUCUGACUAUGUCUGCAACACACAGCAGCCGGGGUGUGAAAACGUGUGCUACGAUGAGGCCUUCCCCAUCUCCCACAUCCGUCUGUGGGUGCUGCAGAUCAUCUUUGUGUCCACACCGUCUCUGGUGUACGUGGGUCACGCUGUGCACCAUGUGCACAUGGAGGAGAAACGCAAGGAGCGCGAGGAGGCAGAACUCAGCCGGCAGCAGGAGCUGAGUGAGGAGCGUCUCCCCCUGGCACCCGACCAGGGAAGUGUCCGCACCACUAAGGAGACCAGCACAAAGGGGAGCAAGAAGUUCAGGCUGGAGGGUACCCUGCUGAGGACCUACAUCUGUCACAUCAUCUUCAAAACACUGUUUGAGGUGGGCUUCGUGGUGGGACAGUACUUCCUGUAUGGCUUCCGCAUCCUGCCGCUGUACAAAUGCAGCCGCUGGCCCUGCCCCAACACGGUGGACUGUUUUGUGUCUCGCCCCACGGAGAAGACCGUCUUCAUCAUCUUUAUGUUGGCUGUGGCCUGCGUCUCACUCUUCCUCAACUUUGUGGAGAUCAGUCACCUGGGCCUGAAGAAGAUUCGCUUUGUCUUUCGUAAGCCGGCCCCUGCCCCAGCUCAAGGUGAGGGCUUGGCCUCCCUGCCACCACAAGGAAAGAACCUGCCCACACUGGCUAUGCCCUCCCUUCAAAGAGCGAAAGGUUACAAGCUGCUGGAGGAGGAGAAAGCUCCCAUAACCCAGCUCUACCCGCUUACUGAAGUGGGCAUGGAGGCUGGCAGAGGGGCUCCACCCUUCCCGGGGCUGGAAGAGAAGGUGGAGGAGGUGCUGCCUAUGGGGGACAUCUCUAAGGUGUAUGACGAGACUCUGCCCUCCUACGCCCAGACCACUGAGACAGCGGGGGUAACGUUACAUGAGGAGGCCGAGGAGGUGCAGCCGGCAGAGGUGGAAGCAGAGAAAGCGGAGAAGGUUGUGGAUGAGGAUCUGGAGGUAGAGGAGGCGGUGAACGGGGAGGGGGUUACUCCAGCAGAGGCAAGGAUGGAGGCCACGGAUACGAUAGAAGACACCAGACCGCUGAGCCGACUGAGCAAAGCCAGCAGCAGGGCCAGGUCAGACGAUCUCAACAUAUGACCCUGUGAGAGAGAGAGAGCACAUGUACACCUGCACACAGCAGAUGUUCAACACAAGAGAGAGCACACACACACACACACACACACACACACCUAACUCAAGACAACGCACACUCUCGAACAGGCAGGUUAAAAAACAAUGGAUGAAAAACAAAAUCAACAGGGAUAGAUUCAAAUCUUUAGGACACAGGCUACAAUUUUACAAAGAGGCAAAAAUCUGCGUGUUUGUGAUCAAAUGAAAUAUAAAGUAGAGGUUAAAGAGGGGAGGAGUAGGUUUUUUUAUUAAGCGUGUUCUUAUAUUUAAAAAUGUGGAAAGGACACAUG